AUUAAGCAAUCAAUUCCGAACAUACACGGGACACGCGACUGCCCAGCUGCGGUAACCCCUCGUGUGUUUGUACAGUUUCGUCCUUUGUUGUUGAAUCCAAACCAUUUCAACUUUCUCUAAGGAGUUAUUCGAGGAGUUCUUCAAGAGUUCUUCCAACCAGAGAACACACACUACGACUGCGCCGGUGUGUGCAAGGGAGACAGCGAUGUAUUCGCUGUAUCUCAAGGGUCGGAGAGGUCCCCGGCUCAGAGUAUAGGCUAACUGCACACAGGAUAUACUCCUACCAUCGCUACCACAGAGAGAAUCUGCAAAAGCCUGCUUAAGACAAAGUCACGAUUGUCUGGAAAGUAUCAGAUUCUAAGCCUUUUAAUUAUCUCUUAACGCCUAGGUGAGUCGUCUUCAAAGCGGCAUCACUCAAAUUAACGACGGUGAAAGAUGGACUCGUGGCUGUACCUAUCUGUGAUAGUAUGCAUACAUAUGAUAGCAUAUGCAGAAGAUGUUGUGGGGAUCCAGGAGAGGUCUAAUGUUACUCACUAUCCUCCUCAGUCUGUGAAGAUCACACAGAAGGAUGAUGGCUAUCAGUGCAGUGCAGAUGCCAACCCUGAACCUGAGUAUACAUGGUCGAGAGAUGGCCAUCCCCUGCCCAGUGGGGUGAGAGCAGAAGGGAACAGGCUGUACCUGGAGUUCACUCCUGAGCUGAACGGCCUGUACACCUGCGAGGCCUCAAACCUGUACGGCGGAGCUAUAGGUCACACCACUCUGUAUGCAAGCAACGUUUCAGUGGCACCUGCGAUACCCCUCUCUGUGAUCAUUACCAUCUGCGUAAUUGUUGGAAUCAUUUUCGUCUUCAUACUCUUGAAAUGUAUCAAAAGCAAGAAACAGGAAACUGUGAAAGCUGCGACCAAGAUGAUGCUUCCAUCGAAGUCCGGGCCUCUAUGACCCUACUCCCUUGCGCUUGCUCUCACUGUCCUUGACCAUCCCACCCCAUCUCCCCCCAUCUCCCCCCAUCCUAUCCCCUGGACUGAUUUCCACUUAUAGUUUUGAGUGCCAUUGUGUGGGAAGAGAUUUUUUCAGGAUUUUUUCAGGAAGGAACUGUCUUCUCUACACUUCCCAAGCCAUGACCUCCUCCUGUGCACUGAAAAUGAAAGCUUCCUGUGAUACCUCGCACUGUCAUAGGGGGUCACUAGCCCCCUCGUCGCCAUGGACACUGUGCGAUUAAAGGUCAUGGAACUAAAGCCAUUAGGCACCACGGAAUUAAAGGGAGUUCGACGCAGGGUUGAAAGUGAGCCAUCAAGCCAAAUGCAACACAAUGUAGGUGUUUUCUCUCUCUGUGCUUGGGCCAGUAAUUGACGUAGGAAUCUGUGGGAAAAUCCAUAUGACUGAGUUUUACUAUGAUCGAGUCAUGUGAAGGGGAGACGCACGGUUGAAAGUGAGCCAUCAAGCCAAAUGUUGCACAAUGUACAGGAAGGCUGGAAAGGAAUUACCGGAUAAUAACACUGUAGAUGUGGUGCAUUUCCUCACACUCCUCCUGAACUACUUAAAAAGACUAUGACUAGGACUGAGUCAUGCUUUUCCGUGCUGCAACAAUGAACGAUCACCUGCCUUUAGACAUUGUUUUAAAUAUAUAUUUUUCUGUCAAGUAAGUUUGUUUUGUUUUUUUGUGUUUGCUGAACUUGUGCUUCAACAUCCAUCCUCUGCCUUAAUGCAUGAUGGCUGCACCCUAUUACCAAAGACGUACAGUAUAGCAUUUAUUCACACUUUCUGAAGAUAUGAUUGUUUCAUUAUUCAUAUCUUGCGCUGUAUUACAAAAUGCACUGCAAUGAUAGAUAGAUACAGUAGAUAGAUAGAUAGAUAGAUAUUUUAUUGAUCCCCAAGGGGAAAUUCAAGAGAUAGGUGCAAUGCACACUAUCAAUCUAGUUUUGGAGGUCCAGAUGAAUGCCUUACUGUCAUUGAUUGUACAUGUGGUUGCACUAUACAGAUACAGAAGCACUGCAAUGGGAGGGACAGGGAAAAUGGACACACAUACAGACACACAGUCGUGUUCAUCUGGAAUUGUUUUUUUUUUUUUUUUUUUUUUAAACUGCCAGUCUGUGAAGCUGAAGUUACUUCUGCACUGAUUCUCAUGGUUUGUCACACUUCACAUGGAUAUGAAGGUUUUAUUACCCUAACUUUGUGCUGUAUUACAAAAUGAGCUUGUUGAACCAUCUACUGUACUUUGGCUUUGGUUGCCCCACUGUACAGAGAAGGACGCGAAAAGAAAAGGGAAAAAAGGGACAGACACACGCACGCAUGCACACACUCACACGCAUGCAGUCUCAUACAUUUACACUUGCACGAACCCCUCACUUCCUGAAGUUAGCGGAAAACAGACAUAUGCACUCUACUGUGCGUAGAUACUGUAGGCCUACUGCAGACAAGCCAAUAUACAAUAGAUUCCUUAUUGAUUUUUUUACUGUGAUCAAACUGACAUGUGAGUUGUAUUUUUGGUUAAUAAGUGAACUUGCUUGACAUGCCAAUGCAUUUUUGGCUGAUUAGCACUGGCAUAUAAACACUGUUCCAAAAAUACCUUCA